CCGACCUAUAAAUUUAUCGCCAGAUAACACCGUCGCAAAGUUCCGCCGAAACUGAUACCCACAAUUUUUAAGCCAACCUCACGAAGAACACACGCUCCUCACCCGAAAUGUUGGCCCUCAUUCUAACGUGUUUGUUCCUCAUCUUGUACUACCUCUACACCAAAAACUACAACUUCUGGAAGUCCCGGAAUGUCCCUUACGAAAAACCGGUCUUCCUCUUCGGCAGCUUCUACAACAUAGUCCGAAGAAAAGAGCACAUCCUCGAACGCCUCUGCAACAUCUACAACCAAUUCCCCACACCCUACGUCGGAAUGUUCAUCUUCCACCAGCCAGUUCUGCUCAUCAGAAGCCCCGACCUCUUGAAGAAAAUCCUAGUCAAAGACUUCAACAAAUUCCCCAAUAGGAAAAUCGCGGCGAACGAAAAAGCAGACCCUUUGGCAUUCCACGCCCUCUUCAUUGCACGAGAUGCCAUCUGGCGCAACAUGCGUGCCAAAAUAUCGCCGGUCUUCACAUCCGGGAAGAUGAAGCUGAUGUUUCCGCUCAUGCAAGAGUGCGUAGACGACUUGUACGAUUUUUGCGAGACGCACCCGAACGAAGAAGUCGACGUGAAGAUGAUGAUGAAGAAGUACACGGUUGAUAUAAUCUCGAGCUGCGCCUUCGGUAUUAAAACAAACUGCUUCAAAGACGAAGAGUCCGAGAUCUUGAAAGUUGCAACGAAAAUGGUGGAUUUUGGUUCAGUGGUUCGUGGAUUUUCGAUCUUCUGUUUCUUCUUUUUGCACAGUUUCGUCGACUUCUUUAAGCUGACGUUUGGUGAUAAGUAUUGUACAGAUUAUUUGUUUAACGUGUUCACGACGACGCUGCACGAAAGAGAGAAGAAGAAAAUUGUGAGGAACGACCUCAUCGACUUGCUGAUUAAUUUGAGAAAAAUUGAGACGAUUACUGAUGGUUACAAGUUUGACGACGAAGUUAAGAUGGCCGGUCAAGCGAUUCCUUUCUUUUCAGCUGGAAACGACACGACUUCUAUAACUCUAGCUUUGACGUGCUACGAGCUUGCUUUGCAUACAGAAAUCCAGGACCGGCUAAGGAAAGAAGUGACCGAAAUCUUCCAAGAAAGUGGUACUUUCACCUAUGAAAACCUCCAAGAAAUGAAAUACAUGGACAUGGUCAUCAAUGAAACCUUGAGGAAGUACCCUUUGGCACCAUUUUUGAUGCGCGAAGCCGCCGAGGACUACACUUUUGAAGAAACCGGUUUCACUCUGGAAAAAGGCGUUUCCCUUCUUGUUCCUAUUUCUGGGUUACACUAUGACCCUAAAUAUUACCCAGAACCGGAAAAGUACGACCCUGAGCGGUUCAGUGACGACAACAAGAGGAAUUUGACGCCGUAUACGUACCUACCGUUCGGGGAAGGACCAAGGAAUUGUAUUGGUCAAAGAUUUGCGCUUCUAGUCAGCAAAGUGGCUUUGGCCCGUAUUAUCAAGGAUUUUGUCUUUGAAGCCACCGAGAAGACGCCUGUGCCGCUACAGCUUGACCCUGGUUCGUUGUUUGUGCAAAACAAAGGAGGUCUUUAUGUAAAUGUGCGAAAAGUUUGAAAUUUAGAGAAAUUGAAAUACAGUUUUAUUUUUA